GUACGCCAGGUGGCUCCACUGUUUCUCAAGAAUCGGAUGCUUCGUCUCUACUGACAUCUACUACAGACAAGAUCAUCAUCGGUGGAGCUUCAGCCGGUGUGGCUGUUAUUGUUUUCUCGCUACUUGUUAUCUUCUUCAUACGACGUAAGCGAUUAUUUCAGGGUAAGUACAUCUGUGAUGAUAGUCACUUACUUUACAGUGUAUGCCAAAUGACAUUUGACCCAUUUAGUGCACAAUUUAAAUACAAUGUGCUAUUAUUAAAUAUUUAUAAUUUGUCAAGUCCUACAUCCACCUUCAAUCAAAGGGAAAAUUGACGCCGAAUGAAACCAUCACAAAUUUACUUAUGACACACUUUAUUUAUUGUACUGAAUAACACAUUAGUCAACUGACACUAUUAAAGAGACGGGCAGGUGGAGGAUUGAUAGAAUUGUUGUCAUACCGAGCCUACAACCGAGGCUUUACCAGGGUAAAACAGUUAAUCCUCUUAAAAAUGAGGAUUAGAGCUUUCUUCCUUCUUGAGCAUGGAGAAGAUGCCGAGACAGCUACACCAACCAGACAAGGUAAGAUUCCUUAUUUAUUUACUUUAACUGAGACCGUAUAUUUUAUUAAUUGCCUCGUAUCUAAAUAUUUGCUCUUUAAAGAGAUGCUUAUUUUUUCUCGGCCUGUGCUCAUUACAAUAUUUAAAUAGCCAGCAUAUUUUUUUAAUUUUAAUAUUACUUCUGUAAUUAAAAAUAUAAUUUCUUUUAUUUUACCUUUUUAACAAGAUCGACUUUUUAGUCACCUUAUUUGCCCCUGAAGGUUAAUUUUGAAUUAAAUCUGAUAAAAACAGAAGGCCCUUUACAGUGACAGACUUGUUUUCCAUUUUGUUAAUGUUGGAGACCAGCUUAUGCACUCAUGGAGCGAGAGGAGAGUCCAGAAUUAUCUCGAGUACAGCCAGCAUGCAACAGCCUGGACAAACAGGAAGUAAAGACCCGACACAGCAUCAUGGAGAGAGCGAGUCAAUCUUACGUGACAAAUACAUGAAAUAUCUUCACUUGCAUGAGUCACGUGAUAAAGCAGGAAGUUUAUGUUGAAAAUGCGCUUUUGACCUUUGACCUAAGCUUGAGUGGUAUAAAGGAGGCCAAUUCUCCUGCUCUGAACAGCAACCAUUGGGCAACUUUAACCCGGAGGGUAUUGGGUCUGCGCACUGUUCAAUAGUUGGCCAGAUGAUGACGAGGACAAUCUCAGAACCUCACCGCAGUCCACCGCUAACCACGUGACAUAUCUACUCAGCAGCAGACGAUCGUUGUGAUUUGUGUUUCAUUGUUUUCUUUUCCUUUUUUUUAUUUUUAUUCUACAUAUGUAGCUUAGGGAGACAGGAGCCCGUAGGUGCAAUUAUCAAUAGCAAGCAUGACAAAGGUGAUAUAUCUCUCACACUUAUAGCCUCUACAUAUCGGUUACAGUUAUUGAAUUAUCACUGCACUCGAAAAGCUUCGGUUAUGGGUAAACCUCGAUGAUUGUUAAAACAGAUAAUAAAUUAAAAUAAACACUUCCUCUGAUUAAAGAUAGAAAAUGCGAUUGAGAUGCCAGACAUCCGGAUUGUACAGGCCACACGCGGUACCACCCUCACUUCAACAACUCAGUUUCCGCUUCCUGCUGUUGCAGUGCCAUCUACCAUCCACCGAGAUACAACAGCCUCGUGUCAUGUCUUCGUAGAAAUGAGAAAAAAAAAAUCCAGUUAUCUCACACUGUCGGAACCACCUUGUACCUGUCAGUGUACUUUAUCAAAAAUCGAAGGACUAGUAUGCAUGCUUAAAAAGAAAUAAAACAAAUUACUAAAAGACUGCAUACGAGUGACAGGAAAACAAACAGAUAACACAUGAACUAAGAAAAAAUACACAACAGGAUUUAAUGAUGGAUAAAACCAACUACAGAAAACGCAGAGGAACAAAAUAACAGGAACUGAAAGUAACAUGAUAUUACAAAAGGAAGGGUGUGACAAAGGAAGAGCAUUAUGGGAAAGGGUGUAGGAGUCAUGUUUACGGAAGAGGUGAGUUUUCAGUGCAAGUUCAGGAUUCAAUAGUCGGUAGGUGGCGGCUUUGGAAAGGGAGAGAGUUUCAUUGUUUCCCUGCACAGUAAGUAUGAACUACAACACAUUUUAUACAAUAGCAGACUCUCUAGUUUUUGACGGAAGUUAUUAAUGACUUUAAUGUCGGAAACACAGUAAAGCCUUAUGGUUAGUGGGCUAAGUAUUUAACAAUCUGUUGUCUUAUUUGUAUAACCUGUAUCUGCUCACACAUCGACAUCUUUACUGCCAUGCAUGAUAUCCUUAUGUAAUUCAAAAGAUUAAUUGUUGAUAAAAUAUUUUACAUGUUUCAAAUGCUUCGUUUACUCCACAAACUAAUGUUUCAUAUUAUGCAUGAACUCGACAAAACAAACAGAAGCAAAAAACCAAAAAAAAAACAAAAAACAAAAAACAAAUAUAAAAACUGUUAUUUUUAUUGAGAGUACUAGAAUGCCGUAAACAUAUUUUUGUUUACUCAAAUCACGAUGGUGCUUAGCACUGUCUUCCAGCUGUCAACACGCCAUUGUGGAUGUGUAGUGAGUGUCGGUGCUGCAGCUACACACUGGUAUCACACUUCUUGCCAGUGAGGAUGUGACUAGCUGUACAAAUGAUUAUAUCGAAAGUGGUGACGAGUGAUAAGGGACAUCCUGGUUCUGACAAGAUGAGUACCAUGUGUACUCUGUUUUCUCAUGCUACAUCCUGUUCUACAGGCGUUGACUUUAAAUAAUCUGCACAUUGGCGCUACAUCCUGUGUGAAGCAUUUAGUGUGUGUGGUCUGAGUGUCAGUGAGGAGACCCGUGUAGGGGACUAUAUCUCACAGGCGCCUGCAUCUCCUGUUGACCAUGGAUGACCUGCAGGUCAGGCUUAGUGUCCUGCUGUUGACCCUGUGUAGCGUUCAAGGUAUAGUUAUUAACAACUGCCACAACAACAAUCUAGAGAUAUUCGAAGACACACCUGUUGCUGUAACAUGCGGAGAUUUUAACAGUAACGUUGAUGUCACGUGGCAAGCUAACUCUAGUGACAUCGGAGUCUGCACUUCAGAUGGUCGGUGCACAGCUCGUACUGACUACAAGCUCAGCAGACAACCAAAGUCCACAGAGAGUCACCUGACGAUUGUCUCUAAUUACCGAGCUCACGCUGGCCUUAUAGUCAGUUGUCUGGAAAGUAGAACCGGUUUCACAGUCAGCUGUACUAUCGUCAUCAAACGUCACUCUGUUCUCACUGGAUGUCAUGUCAACUUUAACAAUGUCACAGGACUUGUGUCAGGUUCCUGUGGUGUACAGGAAGCUUACUCUUCUGAUGACAAGUACAGCUGUAUAUGGACAGUGAACAGCAAGGUCAUACCUACAUUGUAUCUUAAGAAACCUUUCUACAACUGUUCAUUCACACAACCGGGACAAGGAACAGGAUUCUACAACUACACCAUACUUGUGAAUCCUCCUUCUACAACAGGAUUUUCACAGAGUCUUGUGAUAGUUGACACAGUCACAGAAGUCACAGUCACAGAUGUCACAGUCAACAGUCCAAGCUCUCUGUCUACCGACACAGGUGUAACAGAUGUAGUUUUCUCCACCUCAGCGAUUCAGAGCACUCAGGGGACACACGAUGGCUCUACUGUUUCCCAAGAAGGAGACGCUUGGUCUCUACUGACAUCUACUACAGAGAUGAUUAUCAUCGGUGGAGCUGCAGCCGGUGUUGCUGUUAUCAUUUUCUUGCUACUUAUUAUAUACUUCGUACGACGAAAAAAACAAUCACAUGAAGGGCAAACAGAAUGUAAAGGAAGUGCGCAGCAUAAUCUCGACGAUUUUGAGGACCAUAUCAAUGAAGUAUACGAAUCAGUCAGCAAAGAUGUCCAGAAAAUCAGUCACAAAGAAGCACAUGAAAGGGUUGAAGAAGAGUGUCAGUAUUAUAGCAACACAAACAAUGUGUAUUACAACAAGAACAAUCUGUAUUGCACAAAACAGUCGGCAUCUCCACAUCAAACACAGGCUCGUCCUCCGGGGAAGACAGUAAACAAAGUCUGCGAGCAUCGUUUGUCUAUGGAGCCUUUCUGUCUACAAGACUCUAGUCAUCACGGGUUGAAAGACGAGAAGGACUGCGGUCGAAGACCGAAGAAUGUACGAGACAAGAAGCAGACGUGAGGCUCGAGAAUUGAGUUUAAGUGUGUUUGUGUACCAGUCGUCACGUGACACAAUGCAAACAUCAUAGACUGCAAUGACCUGCAAUGACCUGCAAUGACCUGCAAUGACCUGCAAUGACCUGCAAUGAUAUGAAAGUGAAGUAAGCUCGUGAAGUGUAGCCUUAAAAUAUAUACGAAGCCGUCUCCGGUUAUCCUUGCUUCUUGUUUUCUCGCAUUUUACAACUAAACUUUAAGAUUAUAAAACAGCAUCCUUUAUGUACAGCUACACCUAGAGAUGUAACAAUAACGUAUCCAGAAAUUGCAUUUACCUCAAAUUUUAGUAAAAUAAUCCUCCUUGCAGAAUGAUAUAAAUUUGUCUACAGAAAGUAAAGCUGUAAAUAUUUUUCUAAAAAAUUUAGUUAUAAUUAGAAGUUGUAACUGCAAUAUUUACACAAAUGUGCAAUCAAUAAACAUUAUGAAAUAAUUCCUGAUGUUAAUUAUUGAUAUUAUUUGACUAAAAUUGUGCUGCGUUCAGUUGGAAGAAGACUGUUCUGACAUUUUAUUUUUAGAAAGGUGCAAAUGUUUACAUUAAAUAUCAUGUUAAAAUUGUUUUAAUGUUGUAAAAUGUAAGCAGCAUAGAGUACAGAUUGUGUGCUUUAUUUUAAUAGGGAAGAAUUUUUUUCUAAAGUUAUUUUUUCUUUCAGGCUUUUUUCAUUUAUAAAAACAUCAAUAUUUCACUAGGAUGUAAAGUUGUUUACAUGAAAUAAAAAAAACUUACACAUGAUGAGAACAGAGUAGAGUAACAUCCAGUAUUUAUCUCAAACAUUUAGUGUACAGACAUGCAGACAUCAAAUCCGAGACAGGUAGACACACACAUUGAUAAAUAAGCGGAUAAAUGCGACAUUAUUUUUUUCCCUUUAUUAGUAAGUAUAAUCAAUAUAAAAAGUGUUUUCUCUUUUAAUAAAACAUGUAAACAACAUA